AUGGAGAAUGAUAACUGCCAGAGUAACAGAUGCGAGGAUGAGAAUAAGGGAGCCAAUGGCUGCAGCAGCGGCGAAGUGCUGAAGCCGUCUCCUACGGACGCCGAUAAAUCCGCCAGCAGUGACCUUUGCGCUGAGGAUUCCGUCAGCGGUCGCCGUUCCGCAGAUGGUGAUUCCGAGCCGCUGACGGAUGAUAAAUCCGACCCGUUGACUGAUGGAGAUUCCGAGCCGUUGAUUGAUGGACGACUCGAGCCGUUGCCUGAUGGAGGAUCUGAACCAUCCGUUGAUAGGAAAUCCGAUCUUCUAACAAAUACGGAUUUGGAGACAGCCGUUGAUGGAGGAGGCACGGAUUCCGUGGAACGGCUUGAUGCGAAGCUUUCAGGGUCCGAAAGGGGGAGACGCGGAGGGGAGAGCGACGAAGCGGAGGGGAAAAGAAGCAAGGAGACCACUCGAGAGGAACGCACGGGGGAUAUUAUGGGGGUUGAGAGGGACGGUAGAGCGGAGGGAAAUGAAAGGGCUGUUAGGGACGAUAAGCAAGGAGAGGCAAGGGAGGAGAGAAAAGAGGCAGGUGAGAAGGAAUGGGUGGAGCAACGCGGUGAGCAGGAUAACCGUGCUGAUUUGAGCAGUGAGGGCGUAUUGAAUAGCAGAGAAGGUUCCAUGAAUAGUAAUGAAGGGUCGGUGCAUAGUAGAGACAGCUCGAUUGAUAGUUUGCAUGGGAAAGAUGCGUUAAGGGGGAUUGCACCAAGGAGGGCGAAAGGGAAGUGUCAUGCAGGUGGAAAGGCAAAGGUGCAGAGGGGAAGGGGAGAAACAGCAGCAGCAGCAGCCAGAGGGAGAGGGGGAGGGGGAGGCAAUACGGUUGACGAUAGCGAUAGUGAUAGUGUGGAGAGUGGGUUUCGUGGUGGGGUGAUCGGCAGCAGAGGCAGGAGCGCGAAGGUGAAGGGGAAUGUAGACGGAACAGCGAAGGGGCAGAAGGGUAGGGGAGAAGCAGCAGCAGCAGGAAGAGGAAGAAAAGGAGGCAGUACGGUUGACGAUAGCGAUAGUGAUAGUGUGGAGAGUGGGUUUUGCGGUGGUGGGAUGAGGGAGGGGGGAGCUGUGGCGGGCAAGGGAGAUAGGGAGGGAGAAGGAGCGGGGUUGGGAAGGGGAGAUAGGGCAGGCGAAGAAGCAGAGAGAGGGAGGGAGGUGGUGAAAGGAGGAGCGAAGAAGGAGCAGCAGCAGGUGGGUCCGGGGGAGGGGGGAAGAGAGGGGAUGAAAUCAGGGAAGGAUGGGGAGCGAAGAGCAGGGAGGCACCAGCACCAGCACCACCAGCAGCAGAGGGGGGAGCAGAGAGGCGAGCAGAGAGGCGAGCAGAGAGGCGAGCAGAGAGGCGAGCAGAGAGGCGAGCAGCGAGGGGAGCGUGGUGAUACGCGUAGGAAAGGCAAGGAGAGGGAAGGGGUUCCUGUGGAAGACUUGGAGGAAGGGACAGGAGAGACAGGCGGAGGGGAUGAGAGGGGGAGGGGAGGAGGGAGGGGUAGCCGGGAGGAGAAGAGAGAAGUGGAUUGGAGGCGGGGGAAAAGUACUGGGCAAGGAGGAGGGGGAGGGGGUAGCAGCAGGCAGGAAAGGUUCGAAUUGAGCAACAGUAGGGCGGAGAGGAGUGGGGGGAGGAAGAGUGGGGAGGGGAGGGGUGUUGAAGAGAAGCGUGGGGAGGAGAGGCGUGGGGAAGAGCGAUCCAAGGCGGGCAACGAGCAGCAGAGUGAAAGAGAGAGGGCGGAUGGGCCUGGUACCAGCGGUGAUGGCAGCGCCGGCACUGUUGGAAGAGAGGGGGGGAGGAGGAGGGUGAGCGGGCUGGGAGGCGGUAACCGCCUUCUAGACGCAGCGUUUGCCCCUGUGAUAGGUGGUUUCCAUCCUGGUGGCGCGCAGCCUGGUGGUUUCCACCCGGGAAGCUCUCCUUCUGGAGGCGUGAACCAGGGGAGGUUCCAUGCAGGAGCAGGCCGAGGUGCAGGCAGGGGGUGCAGGGGUGCUGGCGUGGGGGGCAGGGCUCGAGGCACUGGGGUUGCUGGGGGGGGUGUAGAGGGGAGUGCAGGGGGGGGUUUAGAGGGGAGUGCAGGGGGGGGUAUGGUGGGUGUGGCUGCAGUGACAGCAGAUAGGCCUGUGAGUGCGGAGGGUAGGAGAGGGGAGAAGCCAGGGCAGAAGCAGAGAAGAGAGCAGGACGAGGCUGCAGAUGAGGUCAGCUCGCUGCCGUUUUCACGCUUGAGCCUUCAGGCAAAGACUGAUGAUGGACAGCAAGACCAAGCACAUGGGGCGAGGACUGGUGAUGAGAGCAAGGAGAAGGGGAAAGGAGGAGUGGGGAGCGGUCCGUUUCUGUUCGGUGCUGCAGGAACAGCAGGAGCUGCAGCAGGAGCAGCAGCAGGUGCCACCACUGCGGUUCAUGCCGCCCCAACCACUACCACCACCACCCCGCCUGCUGCUGCAAGGGGUAGCAAGAUUCAACCUAGUCUCGCCCCUGGCUCUGGUGACGCGGCGGCGUCUGGUUUGGCUCCUCAAGUUGGCAUAGCCUCGCCCUGUGAGCUGAGCUGGGCGGAUAUGGUGGAUGAGGAUGAGGCGAAGGGGGAGGGGAGGGGUAGAAAAGAGGAUGGGAUUGUGGAAAAAAAGGGAGGUGGUUCGGCGGGUGGUAAGCCGGGGGCUGGAUUGUACGUCCCGCCCUCCAGGGCAGCACAAGCACAUGGUCUCUCCAAGAAUUGA